GCCUUUUAACAUUUCCAACUUGAACACGGAACGCCCCGCUAGCGAGUUGGCCGACGUCUGCGCUUGAUAGAAGCAACAUGUCUGAAGAGCAUACUGACGAGGUCUACGAGAAUAUCGAUGGCUUCAUGACUGGGCCUCUCGAUGGGUUCUUUUCAAAGUACUUUGGCGAUGCAGCCGCGGACGACGUGUUCCAGGAGAGAGUGAGGGAGAUUUGCGAACGCAAUCCUCUUCAGGGUGCUACCACUUCAAUUGAGAGGUUCUGUCACUGGAUGUCAUCACUUGCCGUGGAGAACGACGAGGGAGCUCGAGGCUCGUGGAAGGCUGCACCGCUGUGUCGUUCUGGCCAAGGACACGAGACAGGCCUUGAGCUCAGCACGCAUGUCGCUGUAGCCUUCACCCGCAGCAACCCUGUUUCAGAGCCAAGCGACGCAACCGUGCAGGUCAUAGGCGAAUUCUGUCUUGGCCAAGCCAUCUCCUACAAAGAAGGCCUACUCAAACUGUGUGCCAGAGCUUCUUCCAUCUUCACCGUCCAGCCAACGCGCCUGUUCUUGCACGCCUUCUACCUCCGCGGUAGCUGGGCAGAGCUCUUUGUGUUCGACCGCUGCGGGCCAUACACCUGCAAUGUCUUCGACGUGGAGAAAGACUUCCAGAGAUUUGUCACAGUGAUUUGGAAGUACUCGUCAAUGACGGAUGCAGAACUAGGGCUGAGCGAUCUCAUCAAGCACGACGGGAUGGGCCCAUAUAUUGCCUUGAAGGAAGACGCCUCCGUUAAUAAGUUUGCAAGCUCCACGCUGCGGCUGGCAGAACAGCCUCUUGCCACGCCCGAAGAGUUGGUCAGCAAAGCCACAACGUGCUUCAAAGCCAGGCUACCAGGAUUAGAUCGGUGGGAUUACGUCGUCAAGUUCAAAUGGAGAUUACGAGACGAUAUUGCAGAGGACGUUGUGAUUCGACAUGCAGAGGAGCGGAACGUCUGGGGUCUGCUUUCGCUGGAUUACUUCGACCAGAUAAUUGAUACUGCUGAUUUGAGGUCGCGCCUCCGACACCGCCCAUAUCGACGCUUCCCAUCCGAGAAUGACCCUAAACUCUCCGUCCAAGGCGGAAAUAGUGUCGAGUCAAAUACGAUCGAAACAGAGAAGACAUUCAGAGUGCGGACCAUGGUUUGCAUCAUCACAUCGCCGUGCGGGAGACCCCUCCACACACACAACUCCGUGCUCGAGCUCCUCCAGGUCCUCAGAGACGCUGUGAGGGGCCACAGGUCCCUGUACGCGGACGGCGGCAUCCUCCACCAGGACAUCGCCCCGGGUAACAUCAUCAUCAGUGAUUCCCCAGACCCAGGCGCACCAAGCGGCAUCCUGAUAGACCUGGACGUCGCGAUGAUCCUGGAGGCAGGGCCCCGGAACCCGGGCGGCAUCUCCAUCACCGGGACGCCGCCCUUCAUGGCUGUCGGUGCGCUCGAGGGCCGGCCCCGCACGUAUCGGCAUGAUGUGGAGUCAUUUCUUUACGUCCUGCUUUGGGCUGUCAUCUCGGACGGGGCGGUGUCCCCGCCGGGGGACAGCAGGCUUCAGGGCUGGCGGGGCGGGAGCUACGAGGGGAUGGCGGCCCGCAAGAUGGUUGAUAUGACGUCGGACGGAUUUCGGCGCAUCCUGUCGGAAUUCGCGCCGGGGUAUCGGGGUCUGCAGGAGCUGGCUCAGGGGUUUCGCCAGUUGUUAUUUCCGGUUCGGGUAGACGAUGAAAGACUGUCGUCGACCGGGACCGGGACUGUAGGCCCGCGGGACGAAGGAGCUGCGCUUUAUGAUGGGGUUCUCAGACUGUUCGAUCAGGCCAUUGACCGCUACGAGAGCUGAUAUUUGACCAAUCUGAGCUGGCUUGACCAAAU